AUGACUGACCUUAUCAAACCAUUGUUGGAAUUUUUUGACGACGACGGCAGCCAUGCGGAAGUAAUUCUUGAGCUGGCAAAAACUCUGUCUGACAUCUUAAUGUCUUACCUGAUCAGCAGCGUCAUCCUGUUCAUAAUCUGUCUGAUUGUUGCCGUUUUUAUAUUGCUACUUAUGGAAGGCUACACUGAUUGGCUAGUUAACAAGGUGCUACAAGUAUGGCCCAGCGUUCUCGUGGGUUUUGGGCUAAUGAUUGUUCAAAAACUCCUUGCCAAGUUUUUGUUUCUUCAAGAUCGUGGUCAACAUUUGCGUCUGGACAACAGGAAUUUCUUCUUCAUCUUCACCUACUUCAUGUUCUUCUACAACAUCUUCCUGGGUCUGGUUUCCUGCCUCAUGAGAAUUAUCAAAGCCGCAAUGGUCGGAACUCUAUUUUUAGCUCGGCUGGACAACAGCACCCUGCCUCGAAAAUUUGAAUUUUUGGAUCCAGGCUUUGCAGCUUAUCAGGGCUACAUACACAUGGAGGCGGCCCACACCCACCCAGUAGUGAAUGUGUUCAUUAGACUCCUCAUUAGCUUAAGCAAGUCACGCGCCACCCAGAAAGAGAAAUACAGUCUCAUCAACAUGCCUGAUGUUGAUGAUGUAAAGAAGUUGGAGUUAAAAGCCAAUCAACGACCAGUGAAUGUUGCUGCAAGGUUUAACUGGCAUGUCACCUACACACUUCUGCAUAAUCCAACUGUGAGACUUUACAGAAAUGGAUUCAUGCAAGCUUUAAAGAUAGCACAGCGAGACGGCUUGAAGGUUCCUAUUAGUGACAAGCCUAUAACAAACUUCGACCUUGUGAAAACACAAGAAGAAAGAGAGAAGGAAAGACAAGAGGAAAUACAAAGAAUCCAAUCAGAACAACAAGAUGGAUUUUCCAUUUUAAACUUCAACAAAAACAGCAACGGUAACUCUGGAGAAAAAGAAAGGAAGUCAAAAAAGAAAGGGCUGGGAUGGUUCAGUGUAAAGAAAAACUCAGAAGAAACACAGACGACUGUGAGAUUUGAUGAGAAAGAAAAUGAAAACCUGCAAAAGCAGGCUGUAGCCUAACUUAUUCUUACAGUUUAAUUAUUCAUGUGU